AUGUUUCCUGGGAAGACUAGGCACGCUAUCAAACGGAAAUUCGUGAAGGAGGAAAGACUCGACUAUCCACGAAUCAAAGCAACCUUAUUGGGGAAAAAAGUACCCGUGGUUCUGGAAGAGUACGAAAAGAUGACAGGCGCAGAGUAUGAAGAUCCGGCAGAGUUAGACAAGAUCAUGGAGGACGAUCGUAAGCAAUUGGAAGAGGAACAGGCGGCUGAAAAGGCAGCCAUGGAGGAAGCGGAGAGACAAAGAGAAGAGGUUGCUGCGGCUGAACGUGCCGCUGCUGCCGAAGAUAAUUCGGGCCACGAAAGCGGUGGCAAAGGAAAGAAAAGGAAAGGUAAGAAAGGAAAGAGAAAAGAAAGGGGACAGGACGGAGCGCGCCUGCGACGAUCGAGAAAGAAGAAGGAUAUAGGCCUCGGUGGAGAUGGCUUCUUGAUGGGAGUCGAAGAUCCAGUGAGUCGAGCCGUCACGCAGGCGACGGCACAGAAUUGA